CGUUUAGCUGCGGUUCAGUACGUUGAUGAUUUUUCCACAAUUCCAUCGUCUUUUGAUUCUCGCUCUUUGAAGUUUCUAUGGUCUCUUCCUGUUCCCCCAAAGCUUAAAUUUUUUCUUUGGCGCGUGGUUAAAGGUUUCCUCUCGGUUCGAGAUGUGCUUCGUGAUAAGGAACUGGUUGCUGAUGAUGAUACUGAGGCUUACGCUUGCUGUCUGUGGUGGUGCGGCUGAGACUCUUGCUCAUUGUUUUUUCGAUUGUUGGAUUGCUUUGGAGUUGUGGGAAUUGUUGGGGUACAACCAUAUUCUUGCUCAAAUUCGCUUGUGCCAUGUUGCGAUUGGUUGGCGUAGGAUAUUUUUUGAUGCAGGUUUAUCCAAAGUUGAGAUUUCGCGGUUGGUUUUUCUGUACUGGAGGCUCUGGAAGUCCAGAUGUUCGGCUACUUAUGAUGGUAUUCAGUAUUUCUCCCAUGUUUUAUCACGUCAUUAUUACUCUCAGGUUGCUGAAUGGGAGCUAGCACGGGCGCAUCCGGUGAGAUCCUUGCCUCGCGGUUCUUCUGCUUCUAGUGGGGUUUUACCUCGUGAUCAACCCCCUCCUUCCAUACCUCCCGGUGCAGUAUUGGUACACUUUGAUGGUGCCACCAAAUCUUUGGUCGGAUGUGCCAUUGGUUUUGUUGGCUUUGCUGAGGCGAAUCACUCCAUUUUCUCUUGGGGGCGCUUUAUUCCUAAUAUUGAUGACCCAUUUCUCGCAGAGCUCCUGGCCCUUCGCGACUCUUUACGUUGGUGCAUGGCUCACUCUUUCACUAAUGUUUUGUUUUGUGGGGAUGCGCAAGUGAUCGUUCGGCUGAUUAAUGCGAAGAACUCAGCGCACGCGGUGGGUGGAGCUCUCCUGCAAGAGAUCAGGUGUUGCGGGCUUCUUUCCUUCGUGCUACGUUCCAUUUCGCUCCCCGUAGGUAUAAUAGGGCUGCCCAUUUCGUGGCAAGACAAGCCCUUGGAGUGAUGGUGUAGACACUUGUCGACCAUCGUGUUUUAUUUAUUUAAUUUUCCUAGCCUGGUCUUAGGAGGCUUUGUAUAUUGUCGUAUCUUCGCUGCUUCCCUCUCGGGAUAACUUUGGCAAAAAAAAAAAAUUAUGAGUAAGUGUGAUUAUGUGUGUGAGGCAUCCCACCGCCUACUUAAGGUGGAGGUGUGCGUUGUGCUAUGUAUGUGAUGGAUGUUUGUAUGUAAGAUGAACCCACGGGCGGUUGGCCACUACUAGACGCGGUAGAUGGUCGGAUCGCUGCUGGACGGCGAUACGUAACGCAGCAGUUGAUCGAGGAUAUUGGGUCACUACUGGACGGCGAUAUGUAACGCAGUAGUUGACCGGGCAUGGGCUGGACGGCGAUAGGUAACGCAGUACCAUUGCCUUGAGGAUAGCGACACCGUACGGCGAUAAGUAACGCGGUGGUCCCUAGUAUUUAUGUGUAUGAGUUAAGGAUAGAAGUAAAGAACUUCUAUAAGAUAAAGUUAAGAGUAUACG